CGCAGUUCAUGCGUUCACGUUUUUGCCCACAAGUCCUCAAUCAUCAUUCAUUUUGAAGACAUCAAAAAUACAACUUCCCACAAACGUCUUGUCAAAACGAACGAAAUUUCUAAAAACCCUGCGAAUCAAACAGCUGUUGAUUAAGAUUACAAAAGUAUUUUUAUCGUUUGCGGAGAAAAAUAUGGUUUUGUUAUAGUAACGUCACAAGGAUUAGCAGAACAUCGUCAGUUGGUGUUACAAACUGUUGUGAUACGCUCGUCUGUUUUUUAGUGCGAGUUUUUGAUUUCGUUAUUGUGUACGCAGUUUAUGAUGGCUAACGAAAAGCCUACUUCUACGGCUCAGGCUCAGGCCUCUAGUUUAACGUUGCAGCCAGCGGAAGAUGAGAAUACGAAGUCGUGUUGGGUGUGUUUUGCAACUGAGGCUGAUGACAGACUUGCGGCGUGGGUCCAGCCUUGCAAGUGCAUCGGGACCACGAAAUGGGUACAUCAAAGUUGCCUCCAACGGUGGGUGGACGAGAAGCAAAGAGGCAAUAUAACUCGUAAAGUGCUGUGUCCUCAGUGUAAAGCGGAGUAUAUUGUAGUGUUCCCCUCUAUGGGGGCUUUUGUUGCACUCUUGGAUGCUAUGGAGGACAUCACCCACAAGAUUUGCCCCUUCAUUGCUGGAGGAGUCCUGUUGGGAUCCAUAUACUGGAUCGCUAUUACGUAUGGAGCUGUUACUGUAAUGCAGGUAGUAGGCCACAGAGAAGGCCUAGAGAUGAUGGAGUCGGCCGACCCGCUGGUGCUAUUGGUGCUCCUGCCGACUAUCCCGGUGACUCUCAUUAGCGCCAAGAUGUACAACUGGGAGGACUCAGUGCUCCUCUUCCUGAGGAAAUACUGCGCUAAGAUACCCGCCUUGUCCUAUAUACUGCCGUUUGGCAACGUGGAAGGCGACAGAGGUGCUAUAGUAACUGGUCAGAACACAAAUCAGACCCAAAAUCCGAACUCACAUUUAUCCCCAACAAGGAUUUUCUGCUCAGCAUUACUUCUACCCACCAUUUCUACUAUAAUCGGCAAAAUAUUCUUCCGAUCCAUACAAAAUAAUCUACACAGAACCAUCUUAGGCGGUAUUACUUAUAUUACGAUAAAAGGCGCUUUAAAAAUCUACCACAGACAGAUGCUUUACAUUAGACAUUCCAGUAGGAAAAUUCUAGAUUACACAGAGUCUAAUCUAAAGUUGUAUAGAAGUGCCGCGACUUCUACCACGACUGAUGCCAUUUCUAGUACACGAGAUGACGAACAAGUUGUGUAAGAUAGUCUGUAAAUGUACAUAAUUGUGGUAUAUAGUCGGCUAAGUCCAUAUGUUCGGGGUGAAGAGACCGUUUUGAUAUUGUAAUUCGGCAGAUGACGAAAGGCCUAGGCGAAUAGUAGACGCCAAUGUCGAUGUCUGUACGUAGUCUAGAAGAAAGAGAUCGUAACAUGUUUUGACAUCACUCACAAGACAUGAAAGUGACGCAAUUAUAAAAGAAGUAUGGUACCAUCUUUGCUCAACGGAAUUGAUACUUUGACAAACAGUUUCAUAAUGGCCCUAUUUGUAAAAAUUGUAGGGAGCUUGGGAUCAGUUGUCAACUGGGUAAGUUGUAACAGUGGGCACAAGAUUAGAGUUCGUGUAAAUAUUAACGUUCAGCCGUAUUAAAUGAGGCUGUAAAUACUACGAUUUGUAAAAAAUGGAGCUUAGGAGCUAGUCAUAGAGGUUUUUAAGAGUAUUUAAGUAAUUAGCGAGCGUCUUAAAAAGGUUGGAACAAGAAAAUUGUGCUGUAAAAUAACGUGUGAUUGUGCUCUUAACGUGUUGUAAAUUAGGUGGAUUUUGGAAUAUUACUUGGUCAAGUGAUAUCUGAUAUUCAAUAUUCAAAGUUUUUCUGACUUUAUUUUUGUACAUCGAAUACAAUACCCGAUUUUCUAAAAAUACUCAAAAGGUUAUUUUGUCAUAUGACAAAGUGUCAUGGUUUCUGAACUAUUACUAAGAAUAGUUAAUUUAUGUCUUUUUUUUUCCCAAAAAAGUCAAACAUUUUCCCGCUUAUUAUCCUUAAUCGUUAUAAGAUUUAUUCAAAGUUUUAUCUGCCUGUAUUAACAUUAUUUAAAUAACAAUAUGUAUAUGUGGUAUACAUAAAAUAAUUAAAUGUAUAAAAUAUAUGUAAGUACGGGUGUCUGUAAAUGUUUCAAAAAAUAUACGUAUGUGUUAUCGGCCUCUUCACCCCACGCAAAUAACGUAACAUUUUGCAAAGGAAUGUUGAAAUAAACUAUUGUGUAUACGGAACAUAUCCGUUUUCAUUAUAAUAAUACAAAUGUUUAUAUCUUUAUGCUCAGGCGUCCAUGACAUAAUCAAUAAUUGUUUUCAUGUUAUCUUAAAAGAAUUUUUAUGAUACAAGAAAUCGCUCGCUUUUCUUAAGUUUUA